GUGAGUGGCGGUGACAGCAGCAGCGGGACAGCGGAGCGGAGCCCCGAGGGACAUGAGCGGCUCCUGAGCGGCUCCUCAAACCCCCCCGACCCUCCGCCAUGUCCCCGCUGCAGUUCUCCGUCUUCUGGCGGCUCUCCGUCAUCUUCUUCUUCAACCCGUUCCUCUUCUUUCUGGACAUUUUCACUAACGAGCUGGCGGCCGGAACGUGUCCCCAUGGCAACGGCACCACCGCCGUGCCGGUCUCUGGGGGCGGGGCCUCGCCGGCCGACAACCAAUCAGAGGGCAGGGAAGUUUCGGUGAGCGCUGCUGAUUGGUGGAGAGACAGACUGGCCCCAAACUCAGUGUGCAGCUGGAGAGACUGGUUGUCCUACGGUCAGACCGUCUACAUGAUGGGCCUGCUGCUGGGAUCUCUGGUGGGAGGAGCCAUAUCAGACCGCUUCGGGAAGCGUCCGGUGCUGCUGGUGUCCGUGUUCGUCUUCGCUGUGUGCGGCGUCAUUCCCGCCAUCCUCCCUCAGCCGCACGUCUUCCUGGCCGUCCGCUGUGUGACGGCGGUCUCCUGCUGCUGGAUCAAUAUCUGCGCCUUCAGUCUGGCCGUGGAGUGGACGCCGCCUCCCGCCCGGAUCUGGCCGCCGGCCUUCCUGCCGUUCUGCUUCAGCCUGGGGACGAUGGGCGGAGCCCUGCUGGCCUGGCUGAGCCCCAGCUGGACGCAGCUGCACCUGUCGCUGGCGCUGCCGCAGCUGAUGUUCCUGCCGCUCUACCUCCCGAUCCCGGAGUCUCCCCGCUGGCUGCUGCUGCACCGGAGGAUGGAGGUCCUGGAGCGUUACCGCGGCAACAGCCCUGCAGACCAGCGCUGCCUGGACCAGCUGCUGGACUCAGCCUGGUCCGACCUGCAGAAGACGGCCCGGGCGGUGCCGGCCAGCGCAGGCCCCGCCCACCUUGGCUGCUCCGCCCUCAAACACCCCACGAUCCUGCUGAGGCUGCUGGUCAUGAGCUACCUGAGCGCCGCCACGGCCCUGACCUACUUCGGGAUCUGCAUCAACAUCGGCUCCUUCGGCGUGGGCGUCCACACCGCCCAGUUCUUCUCGGGGCUGUCCGAGGCGCCGUGCCUGCUGGUGCCGCUGGUGCGGCUGGGCCGGCGGCCCGUUAGCAUGCUGGCGCUGUCCCUGAGCGGCGCGGCGUGCUUCGCCUCGCUGCUGCUGUCCCGCUGCGGCGCCGCGCCGGUGCUGGUGAUGGGUCUGGCCCUGCUGGGGAAGCUGUGCAUCCUGGCCGUCAUGUUCGUGUCCGUGCUGUACAGCAUCGAGCUGUUCCCCACCGUCAUCAGGCAGCGCUGCGUCUCGCUGGUCAACCUGUCCUUCCGGCUCGGCUCCCUGGCCGCCACGCUGGCGCCGCCCGGCCCCGACGGAGCCAUCUCAUUAGCCGCCAUGGUGGUGUACAGCAGCGGGCCGGUGCUGGGCUCCGCCCUCUGCCUGCUGCUGCCCGAGACCAGCGGCGUCCCGCUGCCCGACUCGCUGGAGGACUGUGACGGGCAGCCCUGGCCGCCGCGUCUCUGGAGGCCCUGGAAGCUGCUGAGCAGAGAGACAGAGACGCCAGAGACACCAGAGACUGUACCUGCAGAGAAGAACGACAGCAGCUCCCUGUUCCUGUCGUCCACCUGCUCUAGUUAGUCCAGGGGUCUUAGUUAGAGCUAGUUAGUUAGUUAUUAGGGGUGUAACGAUACACUAAUCUCACGAUACGGUACGAUACACGAUAUUGAGGUCACGAUAACGAUACGAUAUUAUAGCAGUAUUUUUUUUUAACAACCUUGAAUGAGAAACAUACGACUGGAAAAAAUGGUCUUUUAUUUGAAAGACACAAAAUACAAAACAAUGCUGUGCGUUUGCCCUAUUGUUACAGUUUGUAAUGCUUUAUAACUGUUUAAGUUUUAAAGAGAAAGCCAGGCCAACCAUUUUCCACAAACUGAACUAAAAGUAAAUGUCAGGUUUGCAUUAUGAUCUUCAGUUUCAUACAAUAAAAAUAUUUUGUCACAAACUGAAUAGUUUCUCUCAUGUAUGGUUUGACUUUUUUUUUUCCAGAAAUUUAACAACUAAAAUUAAAUAAAAGUAAAUAAAUAAACUAUGAAAAGUCCCAAACUCCAAAUGCAACAUGACUGUUAUUUAUCUUCUGCCAGAGCUCAGAGCUUCACCUGCUCCAGCCUGAGGCCGUAAGGUGAACCCGUUAUCGUUUCAUCCUCCACCUUUGGGGACGACACAAACUUUACAUCAGAAAAAAGAUUGAUUCAUGCUCACCUUAGAAGUAAAAGUUUGGAGCUCAAAACCCCCCAAGAGCAAAACGGUACUAGUUUCUUCUGAGCGUAGUCAGAUUUUGGUCCGCGGGUCGAGGUCGUCACGUGAUCCCGCUGCACCAAUUGGAUGUUACUAGUAAAUACAAUAUAUUAAUAUUAAUAACUCAAUAUCAGCUACAGUUUGUCACCUCCACGACACGUAUCGUGACGUUUGUGUAUCGCCCAAUUUCGUGGCACGAUAUAUUGUUACACCCCUACUAGUUAGGGUUAGUUAGUUAGAACUAGCUAGUUAAGAGUUACUUAGUUAGAGUUAGUUAGGGUUAGUUACAGUUAGAAAGAGCUAGUUAUAGGUAAUUUGGGUGAAUUAAUUAGGGUUAGUUAGAGUUAGAGCUAGUUAAAGUUGGUUACGGUUAGUUAGUUAGCAAGGGGUAGUUAAUUAGACCUAGUUAUGGUUAGUUAGAGUUAGAACUAGUUAGAAAUAGUUAGAGUUGGUUAGUUAGAGCUAGAAAGUUAGAUUUAGUUAUAGCUAGUUAAUUUUAGUUAGGUAGAGCUAGUUAGUUAGAGUUAGUUAGAGCUAGUUAGUUAGUUAGUUAGUUAGUUAGUUAGUUAGUUAGAGCUAGCUGGUUAUAAUCAGAUCAAUCACAGCUUCACACUGGAACCCUUCUGAUGAUUUUUUCCCCUCAGACGAGUCUGAAGAAAUCGUCUCUUGUUUUUUAAUGAGCAAUUUUCUAUUUUUAUCACUG